UGGCUGCGGGAUGUUCUGUGAGACAUGAGGCUGGGAGAGUGCGGGUAGCAGCGCUGCGGGAGGGAUUGGGGGCUCUAGAGGAAUAUACCGAUCUGGAAUAUGGCAAAAGAAAUGAAGGGGCAGUACGAACCUGUGGCAGAGAUCGGCGUUGGGGCCUACGGCACGGUAUACAAGGCCCGAGACCUUCAGAGCGGAAAGUUUGUGGCCCUCAAAAAUGUGCGCGUGCAAACCAACGAGAACGGGCUCCCCCUCUCUACGGUCAGGGAGGUCGCUUUGCUGAAGCGCCUCGAGCAUUUCGACCAUCCGAAUAUUGUAAAACUGAUGGACGUUUGCGCUUCUGCCCGAACUGACCGGGAAACUAAAGUGACGCUGGUGUUUGAGCACGUGGACCAGGACCUGAAGACUUACCUGAGCAAAGUCCCGCCCCCAGGUCUUCCACUGGAGACUAUUAAGGACCUCAUGAAGCAGUUCCUCCGGGGCCUGGAGUUCCUCCAUUUGAAUUGCAUCGUGCACCGAGACCUCAAACCUGAGAACAUCUUGGUGACAAGCGGGGGACAGGUGAAGCUUGCCGACUUUGGCCUGGCGAGGAUAUACAGCUGCCAGAUGGCACUCACGCCAGUGGUAGUGACGUUGUGGUACCGAGCCCCGGAAGUCCUGCUCCAGUCCACGUAUGCCACGCCGGUAGAUAUGUGGAGUGUGGGCUGCAUCUUUGCAGAGAUGUUCAAGCGAAAGCCCCUGUUUUGUGGCAAUUCCGAAGCCGACCAAUUGUGCAAGAUAUUUGAUAUGAUUGGGCUUCCUUCUGAAGAAGAGUGGCCCGCCGACGUCACUUUGCCACGUUCUGCCUUUUCCCCAAGGACUCAGCAGCCGGUGGAGAAGUUUGUGCCGGAAAUUGAUGCCAUAGGAGCCAAUCUGCUGCUGGCCAUGCUGACCUUCAGUCCUCAGAAACGCAUCUCCGCCUCCGACGCUCUGCUCCACCCCUUUUUUGCCGAGGACCCCCAGGCCUGCGCCAAACAAGAACACUUUACGCACAUCUGCACCGCCACGGACAAAGUGAAAUGAAACCACACCCCCUUGGGGGGGGGGGUCAGAACUGAUCGGGGGGCCACAUUAUCUGCUUUUUUCUCUGCCUACGAAGAGGGUUUUUAUCCGGAGGGGGCGACAAAUAAUGAAUAAUGUGCCCGUUUGUUCCCCCCCCUUCCUUGUGUAGUAAAGCAGAUCAUUUCCACAAUGGAUUUUACGGCGCAAACCUCACUGUGACCAACAGAUUUCACUAUAGAGAUCAGCGCGGACUGUGCCGUUCCGCGUUAGUGCCUUAUCCGGUCCGUACAUUUAUGGUGUGGGGGGCUUCCCUACCCCGAGGCGCACAAUAAGCUACACCGCCCUCCGCAAUGAUGGCGUCUGAAGAACCACAUGGUGAUUUGGCUUUGCCACGAUAUUUAUCACGGUGCUUUUUCUGGUUAAAAAGGAAAAACAAAAUGGACGACUUGAUCAUGUGCUCAUCGUCGGCGCCCAGCGGCCCGUUCAAAACCCAACAGAAAUAUUUCCACCAUUUUGUUUUUUUUGUACUUCCGUUUUACGAUAAUGUUUUUAUAUUCGGGGACUUCUACUCUCCGGUUUUGCGAGGACCAUGGGAGAUCCGCGGCCGGAGGCGCCUUAUUACCGACGAGCGAAACGAUUGGGCUUUUAUUUGUUUUUAUAUGGAUAAGCGAAUUUCUAUUUCAUGGGGAAACUGCCCCGGCGGGGCGACUACAAUUCUUCAGGGCAAGUCGGCCACCGGAGGGGGCAGAUAGCGUGGUUGACCAAGGACUGGGUUGAACGGUCAAUUGUUGCUUGGGGAGGGCGGGGUCUAUCUGCGGCUAUAAUUGGGCGUCUAGGAAUUCAUGGAAUCCAUAAUUCUCUUUAUUACCCAUAAUCCUCUACGGAAUCUGAACCUAAAUUUGCACGUUUGAUAAAAGUAGGGAGCACUGAAUCAUGUGACUUUGGUCACGUGAACAAAGAAGCUAAAAAAUUCUUCUAUUUUGCCCAUUCCGUCGCCUGAUUUACAGAUGCGAAUUAGGAUUUGGUCCGGUAUUCGACCGGAUCUUUUACAAAGGAUUGGGGGGGGGGGGGUUGGCCGAACCCCAAAAAUAGUGAAUUUGGUGCUUCCCUAGAUUGAAAGUCGAAAGCGCAGUUGUAAAUAACGCAUUUUGCCUUCAGCAAGUCAUGUGACCAACAAGGGUCGGAAUUGGGCUGAACGCCAGCAAAAAUGCUGGGGAUUGGCCGAAGCUCCAACCGACUGACGUCUUGAUCUUUUAUACUGGUAAAUGUUGGGCAGUCAAGGGCCCAUUGCUGUCAUGGUGUUCAUUGGGUAUAAAUUGUACAAAUUAAAGGGGAAGUUCACCUUUACAUUAACUUUUAGUAGGAGGUAGAGACGGCUAUUCUGAAACGAUUUACAGUUGGUCUUCAUUUUUCCAUUAUUUGGGGUCUUUCAGUUAUGAAGCUUUUGUUCAGCAGCUUGGAAUUACAGCAGCUGUCUGGUUGCUAGGGUCUUGUUUCCCUUAUCAACCGAGCAGCGGUUUGGAUGAGAGAUUGCAAUAUGAAUAGAAGAAGGCAAAUAAUUCAAAAACUAUAAAUAAUAAAGAUCAACGACAACAUUUCUAGCAAUAGGAUAUUGUAUAACAUAUAUAAAGGUGAACCACCCCUUUAACUAAAUCCCGCCCCUUAAACGCAAAAUUCUUUCUUUUGCCUCCUAUUGCCACUAUUAACCAUUGUCUAUUAACAUUGAGCCCUAUUAUCAUGGUUGGGGCGCUGUCGGUCCAGCUGCCAGCUACGAAUGCUACAUUUCAUAUUGAAGUCUACUGAUCCGGUCGAAGUCGCAAUUGGGUGGGAAUCGGCAGUCCCCAUUGGUGCGAGUAUAGGGGCGAUAGGAGAGUAACUGAUGCCGCUGGAAUCUUCCUACCCGUAAUGGUAACACUACAUAAGAUAAACAUAGCGACUAAAUGCCACCGGUGACUUCAAACUGCCACCCUUUAUAGGGAAUGACCAUUGGGGACAGCGGUAACCACUGAGGAUUUGCUGUUUUCCCGGCAAUUCAUAUUAACUAUAGAGGGAGGAGGGCCUGAAACUUCAGGAUCAACGCCGCUUUUCUGUUUAUUAGAUAGGACGACAGGCGGCAGUCGCCGCCCUAUUAAGUGUCGACCAUUGCCUAUAAAGUUUUAUCAUUGUUAUUAUGAAUUUUAUAAGACAAUACAAUGCUGGGGUUUGGGGAGGGUGGGUUUGCUUUAUAAUGGCUCAAAGCACCUACCAGACAAAGCUUUCAUCCCUCAGGACUGGAAGCUCCGCCUCCCAACAGACAGCUGGUAAAUGUUAAUGUUGAGUAUUGGUUUCUUUGCAACUUUGUUUUAUAUUAUUAUCAUUGACAAAGACCAAGGGUGUCCAACCCUGGUCCCCUCCGAGGUUUGUCGAGGGUCUGAGGAUAAGCUGCAGGGUGGGGGGCAUCACUAAAACCCGUCUGGCACUCGGGACACUUUCUCUGAUAAUGUAUUUCAGCCAGCGGAGUGGAGCCACCGACUUCAAAAAGAAAAAUACUGAGGUGAGUAGUGGCUUUUCUCAACGUGUCUUCCUGGUCAGAACUGCCAGUACCGGUGUUCCCUGCUGGAUCCCGUUGAAGUUAGUUGUAGUUAGCUGGGGCCCCCUGUAGAUGUCGAACCAUUGGAUAGUGACAGUCCUGCCCAAUUCUGCAGCUCGUGGGGGUGUUAUUUGGUAUUAACAAUGAUUAAGUGCAGAGAGUAAUAAUAUUAAUUUAUAUCUGCUUUUUUUUUUUCUAUUGGUUGCUAAGCGCUGGGAGUCUUUCCUGCAAUUUUAGGGGUUUUGUUCUUUCUCUCGUCACAGUUUUUAGCCCAAUGUAUUAUGAAAUAUUGUGAAAUGUUAAUAAACCCACCUACACUGUUUGCUGGUAAGUUCCAGGCUGAAUGGUAA